AUGUGGGAAGUUGAUAGUAGCAUUGAACGAACAAGAGCUGCCUGGCCUCGAAAGUCUGAUGGAAAAAGGGAUUGUGGAUUGGGGGCUGGUCGCCCGGUGAGCCCUGAACAUGGUCCCUCCACCUUGACGUUGAUCGAUGAGCCCGGUGAUCUUCGCAACUUUCCCAUCUCCGAUCAGACUCUCGACUGUCUGGCUCAGAGGGGAAUAACGAGCCUGUUUCCUGUCCAAUACUCGACAUUCAACGAAAUCUUCGAGGGAAGAGACGUUCUUGCGCGUGCGCGCACAGGAACUGGCAAGACUCUUGGUUUCAGUCUUCCCAUCUUGGAGAGGAGGUCCCGAGGUUCAGCGCCCGCCUGCAUCAUCUUGUCUCCGACAAGAGAGCUUGCUCAGCAGGUUGAGCGUGAAGUUCAGGUGAAAACCCUCUGCGUCUAUGGAGGAGUGCCCUACCACAAGCAAGAGAAAGAACUUCAGAUGGGCGUCGACAUCGUUGUGGGAACGCCAGGGAGGUUGAUCGACCUGAUGAACAAUGGAGCUCUGGAUCUUUCUGAAAUCAGAUAUUUGGUCUUGGAUGAAGCCGACGAGAUGUUGAACCGUGGGUUUGCCGAUGACGUCGAGACGCUGAUGGGUGGGAUGCCGCAAGGAGCUGACAGGCCCCAGACUCUUUUGUUCUCGGCAACUGUCCCUGAUUGGGUGAGGAAACUUGCCCGCACAAGCCUGGUCAACCCUCAUGAGGUGGAUCUGGUCGGAGAGUCCAAGCUCAAGGUCGCUGAGGGAGUUUCACACGUGGCAGUGGCUUCAGCUGCUCGUCAAAGGAGCACUCUCCUGGCUGAUCUCAUCACCAUCUACAAGACACAACACGCCAUCGUCUUUGUCAACACCAAGCGUGACGCCGACGAUCUUGUAGCCGAACUUGGACUGAUCAUCAAGGGGACGGAAGCCCUGCAUGGCGACAUCCCCCAGAACGUUAGAGAGAAGAUCCUCAAUGGCUUCCGAACUGGAAGGAUCCCCGUCCUCAUCGCCACCGACGUGGCUGCUCGUGGUCUGGACAUCGAUCACAUCGACCUGGUCGUUCACUUCGGAGUGCCUAAGGACCUCGAGAUGUUCAUCCACAGAGCUGGGCGAACAGGUAGAGCUGGCAGGACAGGCACAUCGCUUGUGCUGUUCGACAAGGCAGAAGCGUUCCAGCUUACUCGCAUCGAGAAGGAUGCUGGCAUCAAGUUCGAGAAGCGCGGUGUUCCCCAGCCAGACGAGAUCAUGGAAGCGUCAGCAAUCAGAGCUGCUGACAACCUGAAGACUGUCAACCCUGAACUUGAAGGAUUCUUUCUUGGCAAGGCACAGGAGCUGUACGCGCAAGAUGGCAUUGCUUCCCUUGCCAAGGCGCUUGCUUGGAUGUCUGGAUACAAGGCCCCUCCUUCCAAGCGAUCACUCCUCACUGGCGAAGACGAGUUGCGAACUGUGCUCCUCAGCCCCGCAGCGCAGGAUGCACAAGGAGGACUCCAAGUCAGAGACGUCAUGCGCAUUGUUUCCAAUGUUCUCUCUCAGUCUACUCUCUCUCCGUUCGACACUCGCAUCGGCAAGAUUGUUCGCUGCCAAGAUGGAUCCGCAGUCAUCGACGUCAGCCCUAUGGCUGCCCAGCACCUGACGACGGUUGUCAAAGGCUAUGAAUCCUCGCGCUUCUACUCCGAAGGCACUUUCAUCCUUCCCAACGAGCUGCCAGAGCUCGAGGACGAUCGGGAGUUCCGCGAGAGGAGAGGCGGCGGACAGCGCGGAGGAUAUCGUGGAGAGUCCAGCUACCGUCGGGAUGGAGGAUCCCGUGAUUUUGGAUCCAGAGAUCGCAGAUUUGGAGACAGAGAUCGCAGCCCCAGAGGUAGGGGAAGGGACUUCAGCAGCAGUGGAGGACGGAGAGACAGGUUCGAUGACAGGGGAGGAAGGAGGGACUUCGGCGGAGAGAGGUCAAGCGGAUGGGGAGGCAGCCGGGCUGAGAAGUAUGACGGGGCUCGCUCUCGUGGCAGCGUCGACUGGGAGCGAUAAGUCGUCCUUCGAUGAGACGUGAGUUGUUCAGGUUUGAUCGGCAGCGUGAGGAUCAGCAAGACCUCAUGCGCUGUUUGUACGACUAGCUUUGUUGUUGACAUUGAGACAUUUUUAAACGUUUUCAUAUCUUGU